UUGCGGUCCUUCCUCUUAACGCUAUUUAUCACAAAGGACAGAUAGGAACUACAGCUACCGUCAUGCAUCACUCCUUCCCCAGCCAAGCUUGGAACUGUGUGAUCAAUCCCGGGACCGGUAGCCUCUCCCCUUUUUUCUUGGGGGGCGGAGGACUACAACUCCCGGCGUGCACCGCCCCCUUCCUUUGAUGUUUACCCCCCUCGGCUCUUUAGGAAGGGGAUUCUCCCCAAAAUGGCGGCUCCUGCUUCAAGGGGUUCGGGGGGUGGAGCCUGCAACCCCACUGGCUCCCUAGAUUAUUGCCUGGCCCAGCUGCAGAGGGGGACCGAGCCCGGGCUAGGCAAGGCCUUGUUGGCCCUGCGGACCCAGCACAUCAAGGAGACGGGAGGCAUCGCCCGUUUCCGGACCCACGGGGGGCUGGCGCCACUUUUGGGGAUCCUCUCCGGCUCCCCGCGACCGCGCCGCACUUUGGACCUGGCCCUCAGCAUCCUGGGCAACUGCUGCACCGAAGGGGGCAGCCGCACCCAAGUGCGCGAACUUGGGGGGAUCCCGCCCCUAGUUAUUAUCCUGAAGUCACUGGCUGUGGAAAGUAUCCUGAAUCGGACAGCACGAGCACUCGGCAACUUGGCUGUAGACUUAGAAAAUUGCCAGGCCAUCCAUGAAGCAGGAGCCGUGUCCCAGCUAAUCCAGGUCCUCACCACCUCCCAGGACAGCGAAUGUUUGCAGAGCGUGAUCAGGGCCAUCCGCUACCUGGCCGAUACUCCUGCUCAUCGUCUUUCGCUGGCCCAGCAGGGGGCAGUCCGCCCCAUAGCGGAGCGCUUGGUUUCCUCCCUGGAGGACGGGCCCUUGAUUGCAGCCGUGGUGCGCGCCCUGGUGGAGCUGACAAAGGGCUGCAGUCGUGACUGUGCGGAACAGCUCAGCUUGGGAGGCGGGGUGGCGCCCCUCGUAACCUUAGCUGGCCACGAGAAACGGGUGGUGCAGGAAUCGGCCCUUGCGGUCCUCGCUAACCUCUGUCUUCAGGGCAUGAUGAGGCCAGCUAUAGGCAACGCUGGGGGAGUGGAGUUGCUAGUGGGGGAAAUCCAACGACGGAGGGGAGCCGGGGCACCUGGGGCCUCCCUCCAUCCGCUGGUGAAAGCUUUGUGCCUCCUGUGCCGGGAGGCUGUGAAUCGGAGCCGGGUCCGUGAGACUGGAGGAUUAGAGUUGCUGCUCUCCUUGUUGCGGGACCGAGGUCACAGCUAUUCGCACGCUCGGGUGGUGGUGGCUUUUGUGGCCUUUUUCUACGACGAGGAAGCCCUGGAGAUGCUACAGGCCGGAGGACUGGUGCCCUUGCUGGUUGGCAGGCUGGCAGCCCAGGGCCAGUGGGCGGGCCGGGAACAAGCGGAGGAGGAGGGGGAGGAGGAAGACCGUGAAGACGAGAAAGAUGCGGCAUCGUUUGACUUCCCUGCUGAGGGGCGCCGAGGAGAGCAGGCCCUGCCAGGAGCAGAGAGUUCCAGCUUUCAGAGCCUCAGAUCCUGGCUUGUCUCGGAAGGUUAUAUUUCCAGUCCAGGGGAUCUUUCUCCUCAGUGGUCUCCUGACACCACCCUUUCGGAGCUGGAGGCCCAAGGAGAUAUGAGUCCUAGCCAAGAACUGCAAGAUGACUCUCUAGGACCUUGCCACAGCACAUCUGGGAUGAAAACCCAUUCCAGAGCCGAAUCUCCCGAUUUUUUACAUUCCCCUUUCUUGGAUUUGCCUCUUGGGGGGCAGCCCGGCCUUUCAGAGACUUUAAACUCAGCAACGAAAAGUGGAGGAAUCCUUCCAGAUCACAGCCUCAGUCCUGCAGCGUUACCUUUGUCGGCUGAAUCUGAAAAUGUCCACCUAGAACCUGUCUUAGAGGGAAACCCACAUUCAAGGGGAAAUGAGGAGGAAAAUAAAGAUGGAGCCAAUAAACCGCAAAAGGAGCUGACGAUGUCAGAACUGGCAAAUUUAGAGGACGAUCUCUCUGCGGAUGAUGGCUUAGAGUUGCCUGGUUCAUCCACCUCAGAGGAAAUGGAACGUUCUGGAAAAAUCGAUGGUCGAGCCGAACAAUCCUCUUGGCUUGCUUUGGUAGCCGGCCAGAACAGCCCUGGGCCCAGUAACUCCACCUCCAUUCCAUUGAUCGUGAUUCCCAGCAACAGUGACCAAAGCCAGCUGUCACCCAGGCCUGUUGACAAAUCCCCAGUCACAGAGGAAGCGGUCCCGGUCCCUCCGAAGCCAAAUGUUCAGACUCUCCCAACUUCUCCGGAGGAGUACAAGGCACGUACCUCUUACUGGAAACGGCGUGCCAAGCUGCGCUCCUCCUCGGAGCAAAGCACACCGCCACCUCAGGGCUUGCGCCCGGCCCCCGAGGCUUCGUCUCCCUGGGCCUCCUUGACCUUGCCGCUCUCUUUCUCUCCCCACGUGGGCGACCCAGAGCUCCAUGCUCCCGAAGCGCCAGCCCUGCUCCUCCUGUCCCGUUUUUCUCAAGCUGAGGAUCCUAGUCGCAGUUUGGUGACGCCAGACACGCUGCGCGGACUGUUGUGUUACAUCACCAGGAGUCCUUCCCCUUCCUCUCGCUGCCUUCGGCUGCUGCAUCGUCUCACCUGCAAUCCGGCCUGCCUGGAGCCCUUUGUGCGCUCCCAUGGGCCCUCGCUUAUCAGGGCUUGGUUGAUCCUGGGUGUAUCCCCUGAGCAAGCCGCUACCGCCAUCACUGGUGAAGCAGAAGAGUGGGAGGCCAGCGGUUCAGAUGAUCCCAGGAGAUUCAAGGAACUUGGAGAGGCGCUCCUGAUAAACCUCUGUGUGCAGGCAGAGUCCCCCUUUGGCAUGGGGGUCCUCACCCACAUGCUGCUGUCGGGCUGUGAAUCGGACCAAGCGGCCUCUGCCCUGGCACUGCCCCUCAUCUGCCGGAAGGAUUCUGCUUGUCGGAAGCUGCUGGUGGGCCUCGGUGGCCUGCGGAUCUUGCUGGGGGUCCUGGUGCGGGACCCUGACCCCUAUUUUGUCUUCUGUACCUCAGACAUUCUUUCUCUUCUCCUGAGCUCCCAAACUCCGUCUCCUGCUUCUGUCUCGUCUCCCGCCUUGAAGCGGCCUCGCCUGGAUUCCCCGCGGCCUUGUCCUUACUCUCGCCUUGUGGAGGAGGAAGGUGGGGCCGACCUGUUCUUUCAGCUGGACUCUGGCCGCAGGGUGCCAGCCGUGCGGCAGGCGGUCAGCGAUGCUUCCGAGGUCUUCCGGGCCAUGCUGAGUGGAGGCUUCGCAGAGUCGUCCCACACCAGCGUGACCCUUCGCGACGUGUCGCCGGAACCUUUCCUGGCUGUCGCCCAUUUCCUCCACGGCUGUCGUGGCAAGCCCUGCCAGGUCUUGGGAACGCCGUUUCCACUGGCUUUGGCAGAAGGAAUCUUGGUGGUUGCUGAACAGUAUCUCCUCCCUGACCUCCAGGCCUUGGUGGAUGAGGCAUUGUGCCAAGACACUCUCUGCCCCGGGACUCUUGGGGAAGUGUACCGGCUGGCUGAGCGGCAGAACCGGCCCCGUCUCCUUCAGAAUUGUGUGGCGUCCACUUUCACCCUGGAGGGGUCAACCCCGACCCGCCGAGCUGCUGCCCUGGCGGAGCUGCUCCGAUCUGCUGCAGAUCCCAGCGGUUUAGCUGCCAGGCUGCUCGGAGUGGUGCUGGAGUCUCCGUGGGGCGGUGGCUCGGAGGGCCAGCUAAGCUGACAGAUGGGACCUUCUCUCCUCUCCCCCAGUUCUUACACACCACUGAAGCACUGAGGUGGUGGAUCGGGCGAGGGAGAGGACGGUUGGAGUAUUAAGAGAAUAAAUGGCAAAAUGCUCCGAAAAGGGGAGUCUGGGUCAGUGGAUGGUCCUAUAACGGUCAGCGGGGGGAAAGAUUUGGGACCAAGCACUGUUUGAUCAAUUAGGGGGUGAGACUGGGAGGUGGUGGGGGGGG